AUGCAUCCACCCACUACGCCUCCUCCUGAUGCCGAGUCGGGAAUACGUGUAUCGUCGCGACCGGUGAGACCCAGUGGGAAAGUCCGCGAGGGAUCUGGUGUCGCAAAGGCAAAGCGACCGCCAUCUCUUAUUGCUGAAAAUCCACGAAAACGACGAAAAAGUCAGCAGACACCCCCUCGCCACACAACAUCAGCCCUGCCCAAUGAUGCACUGCAGGCCGGCAGCUCAUACCGUUCCCCACAUGUCACAGUAGACAGCGAGUCCGCACGCGGGAAGGUGGACGAGCGAACAGACGAUGACAACGGAGGAACCAAUGGAAAGCAUGGCAACAGCGAGUUCUCGAGAGAACAGCGAUCGAAUGGCGAAGGAAAGCAGCCUCGGAGGAACUCUGGACAGCCAGAUGCAGGUAUUGUGCAGAUCAAUGAAGCCGAUGCCUUGAUGGACAGUGUCAACGCACCCACCUCUCCCACAGUCGCAAACACCUCGGCACCAACCUCUCCCGCCCACGCCCACGCCCCUGCCACUGGAGGAGAAUGUUUGGCCGAUCGACCGGCUGAGGACGACAGCUUACAGCACCUGUGCGGGUUGUUGGAGAAGACCAUUCAGCGGCGGAGCAAGGUACAAGCGAGGAAAGCGAACUGUCUGCGGAUACAGAAGGAUAUUGAAGCUAAGCAGAAGGAGGUUGAAGCUCAGCAGGAGGAGAUCAGAGCGAAGCAGGAGGCGAUCGGAGCUCAGCAGGAACAGCUGGACCAGGAAAAGAACGGACUGACCAGAGAUCAGGGCGAGCUGCAGGCCACUAUGGAGCACAUAAAGGGUGAAAUAGACGAGGUGCGAAAGCUGUUAUAA